AUUCAUUCAAGUUAUACUGUCAAUUCAACUAGCCAAGCAUGCGCUAUAUUGCUCGCGAUCAACGCUUUUUCAGUAGCUUUUUAUGCAUUGUACAUAUACUAAAUAACCGAACUAAUUCCAUAGCUGAUAAUUCGAUUUGAAUUUGAAUGGUUAACACAGUAUUUAGUUGAAUUUUUGCGCUUGAAAUGCGCGGUUGAGUUUUGUGCAAUUUUCCUAAUACAUACAUACAACCAAGUAAUUCGCUACGUAUUGGUGUUAAUUUAUAUUCUGCAUUACUUGACACAAAAACCAACAACUCAAACGAGGUGUGCAGAAUUUUUUACAUUUAUGUACAUAUAAUUAAAACAUAAAUGAAAAAGCAAUAAAUACGUACGUGGAAAGUGUGACGUUGAAUAAAUUUGAAUUGUAUGAAAUUGUAAAACUGCCGCUAAAAUUGCCACAAUAUGAGUUCGUUUGGUCGCGCAUCCUUUUCCCUGCGCCAUAAUUUGCUGUACGCCUUAUUGCUUUGCAUUGCAGUUACCGCUUACGAGGAAAACGAUAAAUUUUGCAUACGCACACAACCAAUGCUGUUGGCAGAUAUUGAGAAACAUAUUAACCCUUUAGAGGGUGAUCCGAAUUGCAGAGUGCUGGCCACAACGCUGACAGUAAAGGAAAAGGAGAGUUUCACGGAGAUCAUGUGUAAGGAUCACGGUACAUCAUAUAAGGAUAGUUAUUAUUUCUUUAAAUUACGUAACGGUGAACUGCGUGGACGUGGUACACAUAAAGAAAUUUGUAAUGGCAUCACAAAUCCGUUAUUAGCUUGGGUGCCAUACCACAUGGUUUUGGAGAAUUUCGCACAAGAAUUGAAUCCGAAAGAGCAUCUCAGCUAUAUUGGCAAGGCAACCGAUGUAGAGCGCGAAAAGACAGAGCUCUGCCACUUCAGUCACACGGAUCUCGUGACAAACAUCACAUCCGACCUUUUUGCAUGCAUAGUAAUGAUCUUCGAGGAUAACUUUUAUGGUCAAGAUGCCAAUAUCAAUGUGCUGGUCGAAAUAGAGCCACUCAUGUACGAAUUACGUAAUAUCACUUACCUACCAUGGGCCAACGUAUCGACGAGCUACAAAACCCUGUUGGAUCGCACAACACUAAACAAUCCCAACAGUGAACCGAAACAAAUUUACGGCAGUGUAAAGUACGGAUUCAUCGAGAAGGUGCACGUUAAUGUAAGCUCCAUAUACAAUCAAAAUUUAGACCAUUUACCGUUAUUGUUCGAACAUGCCGGUGCAGUGUUGGAGCUAAACGACUUGGGUAUUGGUGGCGUGGAUGUGCAAACGAAAGCUUACUUCGGUCGUUUUAUGGACGCACGCACCUCGGUCAAAGUGGAAGUGAUCGGUCAGUGGGCCGAACAUCGUCAACAGUUCAAUGCGGAUGUCUAUGACUAUUAUGGUUAUGGCAUUAAACGUUUACGCAACGAAAUACACCGUGGCGAGGUAACGUUUACACGCAUCGAGAGCACGGAACCGGUUUUCGAGACACCUGACUCUACACAUCUUACAAGCAGUUCUCUCCAUCUAUUGGGCGGUCAGAAAUUCGAACGCUUGGAGAUGGCUGAAAAUGUGACAAUAUCGCCGGAGUGGGACACAGAUGCUUACUAUAAUGCCCAUCCGUAUCCGGGUUUCUAUCCGUGGUUUGUUGGUGGUAGCAUUGUAGUGGCUGUGGUGCUCUUGGCGGUUGUAUUCAGUAUGGUACGCAUUUGGAGUAAGAAAGAGGAGAAGAGACUUUACAAAUUGGCCGCAUCCAGUGCUUGAGUUGAGGAGAGCGGAUGGAUGUUGGAGGGAGAGGAGGAAAAAAGAAAUAAUGAUAUAAUAUUAUGCGUGGAGCGCAGCGAAUUGUUUUCUGUUAUUUAAUAAUAGUAUUAUCGAAGAUAUUAAUCAAUGACAUACAUACCUACAUAUAUUUGUACUUUCAUAUGUGUGCUGGAAGAAUCUGAGUAUUUUAAGAAGAAAGUGUAAAAACCUUUAUAUUUCCAAUAAACUUUUGUUCGAAUAGUU